CUCUAGUUUUCACUAUUUCGUUUUUGUAAAUUUCACGACUUGCAAUCAACCACUGUCGCUUCUGGACUCCGCUGUGACAAUUGCUUUUCUGACCUGAAGCCUCGUGUACCACCACCCAAAACACUUUGAACGCUGAGCAUCAAGAUGUUCUUCAGAAGUAUAAUAGCGGCCUCCGCUCUCCUCUUCUCAGCCACCACUGCACAGAACGCAUGCAACAACUCGCCAUCGUUAUGCCCGAGAGCGUACAACAACAUCACACACCUUGGAGCUCACGACUCGCCCUUCCUGCGUAACGAGAACACAUCCUUCUCCACGUCAGGGAAUCACUACUACGACACAAUAACACAACUCGACGCAGGUGUACGACUACUGUCUGCACAGGUGCACAAGAGCGACAAUGGAACCGGCGCAGACGAGUGGCAUCUCUGCCAUAGCUCGUGCGAUCUGCUCGACGCCGGGACGCUCGAGUCUUGGCUUUCGACAAUCAAGACGUGGAUGGAUAGAAACACCAACGACGUCGUCACCAUCUUGCUCGUAAACUCUGCUUCUGCAACCGGCUCCGAUCUAGGCGCCCAGUUCAACUCCUCUGGUAUCUCCCAGUACGCCUACACCCCACCAUCUACCGGCGUUCCCACAACAUGGCCCACGCUGGACGCCCUGAUCGGAAACGGCACGCGCCUGAUGACCUUCGUCGCUUCGCUCAGCCAGACGUCGCCGCAGUACCCCUUCCUGAUGGACGAGUUCACAUACAUCUUCGAGAACAACUUCGAGAAUGUAAACCCCAGCAACUACUCAUGCACACCCUCGCGACCCACCGGUCUCACCACGUCUUCCACCGGCGGCCGCAUGUUCCUGAUGAACCACUUUCUGUACUCUACCCAGCUGUUCGGCAUCCAGUCGCCGAACGAGACAUACGCGAACACGACCAAUGCGCAGACCGGUUUCGGUAGCCUGGGCACCAGCGUGAGCAACUGCUCGACUGUGUACGGCAAGGCGCCAUGGGCGGUGCUGGUUGAUUUCUUUAACGUUGGCCCGGCGAUUGCGAGCGUGGAUGCUGCUAAUGGCGUUUCGGGAUCAAUCUCCGGUAGGAGAAGUUUGACCACGGAGCCUUUGAAAGAGAGCAGCCAAGGUGGCGUGGCUCGAGCACAGGGAAGUCUGUUCGCAGUGAUCAUAGCGGUGGUCGUUGCUGUCAGUUUCGGGCUAUGAUGUGGUUGUUGUUGUUCUUUGCUUGACACAUGGCGACGGCGUUUGGGUACCGGUUAAUGCAUAAAAGGCCUAUGACCAGGUCAUGAGUUGGAUACUCAGAGCACGUAGAAACGAAUUACGAUCUUGUCAAUACACAAUCAAAACAUCACUUGAAAACGCAUGCUGUCAGCGAGUGGUAC